AUGUCGACACCGCGUCUCACAUUCCUUUAUCCCUUCUUGUUCGCCCCGGUGGGCAGGACGCCCUUCGCACGUGAGGUGUCCAGGACCGGCCGCCAGGUCUUCCGCACCGCCUCAAAGCGCAGUCAGACGGCCACUAAACCCAUCCGCUAUGGCAAGGCGAACGAGCCGCCGCCAUAUCUGGCUGGAGCCAAGGGCAUUGCUGCCGUGCUCCCGGGCCAAGUCGCUCCCACAGACGCCAAAGCCUUGCCGCAACCGACCAAGAAAGACAUCGAUACCGCGACACCCAAGGACAUGCAGCCUGGUCUGCAGCAGGGCGAGAAGCCGCUGCGUGCGUCACGUCUGCCCGAAUCGCCUGUCUUGGAUGCCGCCGAAUCGCAACCUUUGGGUCCUGCUUCGCAGGCGCCGAGACUGCCUCCUACCAACCCCCUAGAAGCGGUACUGAACAUGUCGUCCAGCGACUCUGCACGCUCUGCCACCUCUUCCUCUCCAGCAAAAGACGCAACAGCAACACAAGAACCCCUCACCGACCUCCAAAAGAUCCGCAAGCAGAUCGAAGAAGAAGCCGCCCAGCGGCCACGCCCACCACACAUUGACGCACCCGACUAUGUACACCAUUUCGAUACAUAUGGGCUCGUCAAACGCCUCGAAGACGGCGGCUGGAGCAACGCCCAAGCAAUCACCAUCAUGAAAGCCACACGCACCACCCUCUCCGAAAACAUCGACCUGGCCCGCAACGCCCUCGUCUCUAAAUCAAACGUCGAAAACGAAGCCUAUCUCUUCCGAGCAGCCUGCAGCGAACUCCACACAGAAAUCAUGACCAAGCGCCGCGCAGAAGCCGAACGAGCACGCACAGAACGCACACGCCUCGAACACGAAGUAGACAUUCUGUCGCAACGCAUGUCGCAGGACUCUGGCAACAUGAAAGACGAACUCAAAGGCAUGUUCGACGACCGCAAAAUGGGUGUGCAGAACGAACAACGCGAUAUCGAGCGCAAAAUCCAAGAACUCAAUUACCGCAUCACUGUACUCCUGAACUCGGACUCGAGGUCUGAUGUGGAAGGCGUGCGCUGGAUAAUAACCAAACGCGCUGGAGUGGCAUUGUUGGCUUGCGUGCUUAUGAUUCUCGGCUCCAUCAAAUUCGCCUCUACGGNNCAGCGAUGUGGGCGGAAGAUGAGAGGAAGCGAGCGCAGGCGCUUGCUAAUUCCAAUGCCGGAAACGGCACCAAUAACCCUUUGGCGGUAUGAUGAGUAA